AUGGAAGAGGCCAUGGCUGCCAAGGAUAGGGAGAUCUGCGAGGCGCGCGCGCAGCAGCAGCAGCAGCAAUAUCAGCAGCAGCAGCACCGCUUGCAGCAGCAUGCAGUUGCAUUCGAAUUGCAGACAGCCACACAAAGGGCUGCGGAGGCAGAUCGAGCUGCAGCUGCGCGAGUGGAGAGCCUGCAGCAGGAGAUUCAACGACUUAAGGAACUUAGCGCUGAGGCUGCAGCGGCUGCGCUGCUGCAGCUACAGCGAGUUCUGGGUGCUCGCGAAGUCGAGGCUGAGGAUCUCCGGCAGCAAAUUCUUGAUUUGGAAGCGCGUUUGCAUGCGAACGAUAAGUCUGUGCAGCUAGAAUUGCUGCGACGCGGCUGCGAUGAACUGCGGGUGCAGCUGCAGCAGCAGACGGAAAAGGCUCAAGCCUUGCAGGAAGACUCGCUGCUUCUCGAAAAGGCUCGAGCGGAGGCCAUGGAUGUACAUAUGCUGGUCAGUGCAGACAGAGCACUACCACGCAGCCAUGCGGUGGGAGGCAUUACAACUAGAGAAUAUGCAACCGAAAGUACACUGCGAGGCACCCCAGUCCUGAUGCCAAAAUGCCUUGCAACCCCCGCAGGUGCACGGCACUUGCAUGCAGCACGCAGUCCUAGCGGAUAUGCAGCGGCUCCUACUCCACCCGCGCGGCUGCACUCACACUGCGACCAGCUGCAGCGAGGGGUGGCACAUGGGCUAGACACACUCUAA